AUGGAUAAUACAUCCUUUGUCUCUGAGUUUUUACUCCUUGAAUUCUCAUCAAUCCGGGAACUACAGAUUCUGCACUUCCUUUUGUUCCUGGUAUUGUACCUGACAGUUGUAUCUGGAAAUCUUCUCAUAAUCUUGACAGUAGCUUUGGACCACAACCUUCAGACCCCCAUGUACUUCUUUCUGAUGAACUUGGCCAUCCAGGACCUCGGGUCUGUAUCAGCCAUUUUACCCAAAUCCAUGGCUAAUUCCUUCAGGGAUACCAGGCAGAUUUCUUAUUCUGGAUGCGUGGCCCAAGUGUUUGCCUUUGUCUUCUUUGUGGGAUCUGACUUCUUUCUUCUCACUGUCAUGGCAUAUGAUCGUUAUGUUGCCAUCUGUCAUCCGUUGCAAUACGAAAUGCUGAUGAACAAGCAAACCUGCAAAGCAAUGGUUGCUGGUGUUUGGAUCACUGGCAUUGUCUAUGGUGCCUUACAUACUGGGGGCACAUUCACAGUCCCCUUUUGCUCCAAUAUUGUGAAUCAGUUCUACUGUGAAAUCCCACACCUACUAAAGCUCGCCUGUUCUGAUUCAUUUCUAGUGGAAGUAGUGGUUCUUGUAGUCAGUGCAGUUACAGAGUUAGGUUGCUUUGUCUUCAUCGUUGUAACAUAUCUGUUGAUCAUUAGCACAAUCUUGAAAAUUCCCUCUGCCCAGGGAAGGCACAAAGCCUUUUCAACCUGCCUUCCACACCUCACUGUAUUUUCUUUAUUUAUAUUCACUGGGUGGUUUGCAUAUCUAAGGUCUCCUUCUAACACACCAUCCAAUCUAGAUUUGAUAUUGACUCUCAUAUACACUUUUAUUCCACCCAUGAUGAAUCCAGUGAUCUACAGCAUAAGAAACAAAGAGAUCAAGGUGGCCCUUGAAAAAUUAGCAAUUUCAGUAUGUUCUGUCUUGAAAGCUUAUGUUACAUCAAGUCUUAGAUAG